AUGUGGCGUCGCUGUGCGCUGCGAUCGCUGCACACCAGUGCCAGGGCUGCGUUGCCCAGGGUGCGGCGCCCCACGGCUCCUACAGCUCCUACGACCAAGCCGGCACCGGCGCGCCUGCCCUGGUUCAUGGACGAGCACAUUGUCGAAGCCAAGGCACCGCCGCCUGAGCCGAGCCCCGACGUGUUGCCACCGGUCGUGUGGAUGCCUGCCUAUAUCCCUACCUCGGGCCAUGUGCCCCAGCAGCUCUCCACGCUGGUCGAUAUGUGCACAACAGGUGCACUCCAUCCACUGGUGGCACGUCCUGCUGAGCCAGAUGACAUCGAUGUCGAUGAUUGGUCGGAACGCGUGCGGGGCUCGCCGAUCACCGUGAUUCGGCCCACGGCGACCUCAGAGGCCGUCGUGGAUCAGGUGCAGGACUGGAUUGUCAUCGUGCAAGUGCGCGGCACGAAUGUCGGCACGGUGCGUCGCGUGGCGCAGGAACUCGUUCAGUACUUGAAGCAUACGCCUCCGCCCACGACGCUGCCGGCCAAGGACGCGGCGCUGGAUGCGGUCCUGGGUCCCGCUCACAUCAUACAACAAGCCACGUCUGAGCAUCCUGAGAGCUGGUCGCCGAAGCGCAAGCUCUCUCGCGAGGCGAUCGAGGGCGUACGACUCUUGCACGCCAAGGACCCUGCGCACUUUUCCGUCAAGACGCUGAGCGAGCGCUUCGGCGUGAGUGUUGAGGGCAUGCGGCGCAUUCUUCACAGCUCAUGGCAGCCGAGUCCUGAGGCUGCGCAGCGCCAAAACGCUCGCGCGCAUAGCCAGCGAAACGCGAGAGAGGCGGAGGAAAUGGACGCCCUCCUGCCUACCACAUACCCUGUGCGCGUCGAGGGCCUGGUAUCGAGUGCCGAUCUGGCCAAGGAAGGCCGCCGCGCCAAGAGUGUGGCGUCGCGCGGCAGCGGUGAUUGGUGCCUGAUCGAUGCUGGGUGGUGCGUCGUGCAUGUUAUGACGAGCGACGCUCGGGAGCGGUACCGCAUCGAGGAGCUGUGGAAGGCCUAA